GGCCGAGGUGUGGAAGCUGAUCAAGGCCUCGCUCGACGCCUACGCCAACAAGGUCAACCAGCGGGGCGACAGCGCGUUCGACCCGAUCUUCCCCGUCAUGGUCUCCCUCGGCAACUACUUCCUCGAGAGACAGCGCACCGGCGGUCCCCUCUCCUGA